AUGACGCAACAGGUGGCUUCCCCUGUCGAUUUCAGUUUUUGGUGCCUCUUUCCAUCAAUGGCGAAGGGCGGCCCCUUCGCCCCACUCGACGGUGCCCGCAGCCCCUUUUCCCUGCUUGUGUUCGCCUCGAUAUGCACCGCGUUCACUGGACUGCAGGACGUGUUCCUGGCGGCAUGGCUGCAGCAGCUGCUGACGCUCCGCUUCUUCUCCGCGGCGCGCGUGGGCGACCGGCCGUGGCGGAACGUCGUCGCACUUACCGUCGUCGUUAUCGCAACGCAGGCAUGCGGCACGACAGUGGCGUACGGGAACUACGCCUUGAGCUUGGCGGCCAACAUCGUCGCCUCCUGCCAUGUCGCGGUUGCCAACGUGCUGCCAUGCCUCGCUGACUCGCUCUUCCGCUUCACCUACAGGCGCUCACCACACCUGCAUCCGCUCGUCUUCCCCCUCGUCUCCGCCUCCAUCUGGAGCUUCCUCUCGCUGCUCUCCCCCUUUGGCGCCUUAGCCCACCCGUUCUACUCGCUGUGCACCCUGCUGCCGCUCGUGCAAGCCACGGCAUAUGUGGGCAUGGAUGGUGUCCUGCUGCUGGUGGCCUGGCUGGUGGCGGGUAUUCACCAGAUGAUGUGCGAGGGGGAUGCGGCGGGGAUGGGCGAGGAAGGGUGGAGCCGGGGUCGGAGAGGGGGUGGGAGUGGGGGUGAGGUUGGGGAGGAGGGGGGCGGGAGAGGGGAAGAACAUAUGAGGUGUCCUGGGGAGGGGGAGAGGGAGAAGGGUAGCAGUCAAGUGUUUGCGCGAGAGAUUGUGUUCUCAUCCAGAUUCUACCAGCAGCUGGUAGGAGCACCCAUCAUGCCCUCCGUCCCUGUCUCCUGCAUCAUCCUGCAAGCCCCCACCGAAGCCAUCCCUCCCAGGGAUCCGGAAUCGAUCCACCUGCUUUCUGCUGCUGCUAAUGCCUCCACGCCUUUGCCCACGCUCUCCGCGCUGAAAGGAUACGGGGGAGAAGGGGAGAAGUGCAGGGGGCAGGGAGAGUGUCAACAGGGGCGGAAUGGAGAUACAGAAGGGGCAGUAUAUGCAGCAGCAGUAGGGGAAGGAGCAACUGGAAGAGAAAAAGCAGCAGAUGGGGUAGGAGAAGCAGCAGCGCCGGCGAAAGGGACGUGGGAGGAGUGGGAGGCGCGGCGUGUGUCAGGCAUAGCAAGGGUGAUGCAGCAGACGCAGCAGAGAGCGAGUGCAGGCGAUGCGUUGAUCCUGUGGUCAGAGGCUACAAUCAUUCUGCUGUACGACCACGAGGAGGACAAGCUCCUGGCUGACCUCUCUGCCAUCGCCAUCGCUGCCAGGGCCAACCGCACUGCCGCCGCUGCUGGGGACGCUGCAGCUCCACCAGUCCUUGGGCCAUACCUGGGCGUUUCAUACGUAAAGCUCAUCACCUUCGUCCCGGAAAUCUUCAUCAACACAUUCGUCCUCAUCGACCCCAGCGGCGCCUCCAUCCUGCGCUACAACAAGUCGCACCUCUUUCCCUCUGUGGAGGCGGACGUCCUGCCAGGCUCUGGUUCCCUGCCCGUGGUGGACACAGAACUAGGGAGAAUGUCCGUUGCCAUCUGCCUUGACAUGCAGUUCCCUGCGCUCAUCCGCCAGGCCGGCAGACAAGGAGUGGACGUUCUGCUGGAGCCCAGCUGGUCGUGGGGUGCCACAGGCCACUGGCUUUUUUAUGGAGACGCAGUGAGGGCGGCAGAGAAUGGCCUCACUCUUCUGCGGUGCUCCUCCGUUGGGGUUUCAGGGGUUGUCUCUCCUCACUACCGCACCCUUGCUGCACGGGAAGGGCUAGCAUCUGAAACGCUCUCAAUGCAGCUGCCCCGCCUGCCUCAUGCCCCAGCGCUUUACCCCUUAAUUGGCCUACCCAUCUCCCUCCUCCUCCUCUCCCUCACCCUCGCAAUAUUUCUUGCCGUUUGCCCCGCCCUUUUGAAAUUCCUUCAUGUCACCCCACCCUGCUCGUUGCUGCCUCACCCUCUCUGCUUGGCUGGGCAGCAGGGGGAGGGGGAGAGGGAGAAAGGUCAGAGCAGUGGAGAGGGUAUAGAUUGUGAUACAUGA